UCCGUCCUUCUAUGUGGUCCGCCUGUAUGUGUUGAGUUGGGUUGUAACGGUUCUGUCGGGCGGAAUGUAGCUGGUGGUGUUUGUUUGUUUGUGUGUUUGUUUGUUUUCCGUGUGUAAUGCUGAGGUUCUGGUGUCGGAGUCGCGAUGCUGAGUGUGGACUCGCUUCAGGUAGCCGAGGAGGAGGUGGUGGAGUCGAGCUCCAGCCGUCUGGGAGACAUUUACACUCUGGUGGCUGAAGGCUGCUACCCGCACGCCAUGAACCCCAUCCGCAAGAAGAACCUGAAACGAUACGCGCAGAAAUUCAUUAUCGACGAUGGGCGGCUGUACUACGUAGGGAUGAAGAAGGAGGAGAAGCGUGAGGUGGUGAUCGAUGCCGAGCGAAAGCGUCAGAUCUUCCUCGAGUGUCACUUCAACGAGCUCGGCCAUCACCUGGGUCAGAAGAAAACGGUGCACCGCAUCCAGAGCAAGUACUACUGGCUGGGCAUCGUCAAGGACGUAGUGGACUGGAUCAAAGUGUGUGAGACGUGUCAGCACACGGAGCGGAACAAAAACAUGGCGAGGACGCCCCGGCCGCUGAAGGUGGACGGUCCCUGGGACACCAUUACCGUGGAUGUAAUGGGCCCAUUCCCCUGUACUACUCAUGGAGGAAACACUCACCUGGUCAUCAUCACAGAUUAUUACAGUAAGUGGGUGGAGGCGUUUCCUGUCCAGAAGAGAGACUUCCUUUGUGUGGCAAGAUGCAUUUCAUCAACUGUUUAUCGGUAUGGUUCAGUAAAAACUAUACACUGCUCUCAGAGUGCUGACUUCUGUGUAGAGGUGAGCAAGCAGCUGAGCGAGCGCUGGAGUUUGCAGCUGAAGGUCCAGCACAACGCUCUGCUGGAGCGCAGCAACACUCUGCUGAAGGACACCGUGAAGCAGGUGGUGUCCGAGAAGCAGGCCGAGUGGGACGAUUUCAUCGAUCCUGUCCUGGCGCUGUUCAGGACGUCCGUGAACCCGGCGACCAGGUUCACCCCCUACUGCCUGCUGUUUAACCGCAAGGCCAGCAUGCCUGGUGAGAUGAAGCUGGAUUUACUGAGUUACGAGCAAGAUGGCGGAAACGAUUCCCUCAGUGAGGAGCCAGAUAACAGCUUCCUCUCCUCCGUUCAGGAGCAGCACAAUCACCUCCACCAGAUGGUUUUUUCAAACAUGAACACUGCGUAUAAGCAGGAGAAGAAAAGUGCUAAACGACGAGGCAGGAACAUGUCCUCCAUAACCCUGACCGUCACUGAGCCCCUGUGCCCCUCCGAGGACUCGCCGUCACCCAAAAGACUGAAAGACGACCUGUUCCUGACAUUUCCUGUAGAGACGGUGAUCAGCGCUGUUCAGGUGGUCACUGAGGAAGGAAAGGACGCGCUGGAGUAUGUGCUGCCGGGGCCUGACGUACACUGAUAACUGAUUCGGUCAAAUAUCUGACCUGAAGUGGCAGUUUGUAGGAUACACGUUGUCCGGGGCGUCUGGUGUUACGAUGCUCUCAGUGCAACGCAGCUUCUCUGGAGGUUCAGCGGUUCACAGGUCUGUGCAUUUCCUUGACGAAGAGUUGAAGGUCGAGGACGCGACUGACAGCAGCGCUAACUACAUCACACACUUACGAAUCAGGGCUCAUCGCUACGAGCUGGAUGUUCUUUGUAAUUGUUGUGUUUUUGUAUAUAAUGAUGCAGUGAUUCAGUUAUGGCUGGAGGAUUUUUUUGUGUCUGAAUUUUCCCAGAAUCCUUUUUAUUUCAUCAUGUUGGCUUUUAGGGCAAUAAACGCUAACAUAACA